UGUUGUUGUUUUUUUUUUGCUUACCCGGAAACAAGACAUUACAACUUCCAGCUUAGUGCGUUGUAGCUCCUUCCGGUAGCGGCAUCAGGCUAGGUGAUUACUAGAAGGUUAUUAUCCUUCCAGUUCUAGUUUGUAACGGUGAUCCCGGAUUUGGGGGAUGAAGGAGCUGAGGGAUGAGGAACGACGCAGGAAACACAGGCCGCGUAGCCCGCAACCAACUUCGGUAAAGCAGGAGAGGGUGAGUCCAGCCAGGCCUCACCGACAGUGGCAAAGUCGAAGCCCCAGUAGUAGCGGCGAGGAAUGCCCCUCGCAGGACCAGUUACGGAGAAGGAGCAGAUCACCCUUAAAAAGGAAGAACAAGUCAUCUGGCAAACCCAUUAAAUCACCUAAAUAUAAGAGAAAUCAAAGUGAGAGCAGGAGCCCACCUCACAUAGAGGUCAAAGUAAAACAGGAAAAACAAGAGCACUCUCGCAGGGCACAUGAGGAGAGGCAACCCAGGGAGCGCUGUGAGGAGGACCACAGACGAAACAGACACAGAGACCAAACAGACAGAGGGCGUUACAAUCACUCCCGGUCCCGAGAAUGGGAUCGUGAGGAACGGCAUAUGAGAGACCAGAGAACAGAACGGGAAAUCCAUAAUGAGCGGAGGAGGGAGAGACGACAAAGAGAAGAGCAGGAAGGAGAAUCGGAGCAACACGACACAGAUAAUACAGAUGGCACAUCCAAUAAGGAAAAGCCCAACUUUGAACUGUCAGGUGCCUUGGUAGAAGAUACAAACACAUUCAGGGGAGUUGUGAUAAAAUACAAUGAGCCCCCAGAAGCUCGUAUCCCCAAAAAACGCUGGCGUCUGUACCCCUUUAAGAAUGACGAGGCUUUGCCUGUCAUGUAUAUUCACCGACAAAGUGCUUAUCUUUUGGGCAGGCAGAGACGUAUUGCCGAUAUACCUAUAGACCAUCCAUCAUGCUCAAAGCAACAUGCUGUUCUACAGUAUAGAAUGGUCGCGUUCACCCGUGCAGAUGGAACAGCUGGCCGUCGAGUAAGACCUUAUAUUAUUGACCUGGGUUCUGGCAACGGCACUUACCUAAAUAACCAGCGCAUUGAACCGCAACGAUAUUAUGAACUGAAGGAGAAAGAUGUGCUUAAAUUUGGUUUUAGCAGCAGGGAAUAUGUUGUUCUCCAUGAGUCAUCAGACACUUCUGAAGUAGACAAGCAGCAAGAUGACGACGACGAAGAAGACGAGGGUACUGAUAGCUAGUGAAUGUACCAUAAAAUCAAAAGGACUUAAGACCUAAACUUCACUGUGGUCAGAUGCAUUGUUCUACAGAAUGGAAUAUUGUUGGCCUGUUUCAUAAAAAAAUAUCUUGAAAUUUUGCAUGGUCUUAAAACAAUAAACUGUAAAUAAUUUGUA